AAAAAAAAAAAAAUUAAAAAAAAUAUACAUUUGAAUUUUCAUUGCAUUGAUCAUGAUUUAGCUCUCACCAUUACAGAGCGAAAGUUCAGAGUCUUCAGACCAAGCUAUCAAUCCGGGCAAGAAGAAGAAGAAGCAAACUAGAUCAGAAAAUGACCUGAGAUAUCUUUCUCUUCACCUCACCACAAGAAGCAGAGGAGGAGCCUUCUCUCUCUCUCUCUCUCUCUCCCAACCAUGUCGAGCCCAAGACCCUCACCGACGCCGACGUCCACCGUCCAAGACUGCUGGGACUGCAUGCUUCCUGGCCCACCCAGCCGCAACAACUUCGGAUCCGCCGACGUCAGCCCCUCCGGCCUCCUCGCAUUCCCCGCCGGCAGCUCCAUCUCCGUCCUCGACACCCGCUCAAUGCAGCUCGUUGUCUCCCUCCCUAUGCCUCCCCCCACCCAAUCCCAAUCCUCCUCCGCCGCCUCCACCGCCACGUCAUCACUCUCCCCCUUCGUCACCUCCGUCCGGUGGACCCCGCUCCCUCUCGGCCGCGACCUCCUCUCCACCGAGCCUUCCAGCUCCCACCUCCUCCUGGCCGCCGGCGACCGCCAGGGCCGCAUCGCCCUCCUCGACCUCCGCCUCAAGUCGCCGGUCCUCUGGUUCGACUCCGACACCAACAACAACUCCCGCCUCGCCGUCCAGGACCUCUGCUGGGUCCAGGCCCGACCCGACUCCUACCUCCUCGCCGCCAUCUCCGGAUUCUCCUCCCUCUCCCUCUACGCCUCCUCCACCGGCCGCUGCUUCUGGAAAUACGACGCCGCGCCGGAGGUUCUCUCUUGCAUCCGCCGCGAUCCCUUCGAUUCCCGCCAUUUCUGCGUCGUCGGACUCAAAGGCUUCUUGCUCUCCGUCACCGUUUUAGGCGAGACGGAGGACGAGGUGGUUAUCAAUGAGCUUCAGAUUCGGACCGAAUGCAGUGAGCUGCUGAAGCUGGAGAGGGACCUGGCCGGAGGAGGAGGAGGAGGAGUCGCCGGGAGCACGUCGUCGUCGUCGGCUUCUGCGGCGUUCCCGCUCUACGUUGCGAGGUUUGCCUUCUCGCCGCAAUGGAGGCACAUUGUGUUUGUUACGUUCCCCAGGGAGCUGGUGGUGUUUGAUUUGCAGUACGAGACGCAGCUGUUUUCGGCUGCAUUGCCUCGGGGGUGUGGGAAGUUUCUGGAUGUGUUGCCGGAUCCGAAUAACGAGUUUCUCUACUGUGGUCAUGUUGAUGGGAGGCUUAGUACUUGGCGCCGAAAAGAAGGAGAACAGGUGCACAUAAUGUGUUCAAUGGAAGAGUUGUUGCCCUCAAUUGGCACAUCUGUCCCUUCUCCAUCAGUUCUUGCUCUGGCCAUUUCCCAAUCAGAUUCGACCUUGCAAAACAUCGGCAAGAUAUAUUCUGAUCAACCUGAUUCUCCUUUCUCUGCCGUGGAUUUUGAUAAUCCUUUUGAUUUUUGUGACGAACCUGUUGUUUUCUCUAAAACCCAUUUGAUCUCCAUUUCUGAUGAUGGAAAAAUAUGGAACUGGCUCUUGACUGCUGAAGGGCCUGAAGACAAUCGCAAGGAUGAUAAAAACCUGGAUGUGGUUUCUAAUAUCACUGAAGUGCUGGUUUCUGGAACCAGUAAAAAUACUGUAGUUUCUUCUACUGGAGGAGUUGAGAUGGAAGCGAGUAAGCAAUCAGAACAGAGCAAUGGUGGCAGAAGCCGAUCUUCAAGUUCUACCAUCAGCCAUACAGAAAUAUCACUUAAGAUUUGCUUAGUAGGACAGCUUCAGCUUCUUUCUUCAGCAGUGACUAUGCUAGCUGUACCUUCGCCUUCUUCAACAGCUACUUUGGGCCGUGGGGGAAACUAUCCUGUUGUAGCUGUUCCAUUGGUUGCCUUGGGAACUCAAAGUGGGAUAAUUGAUAUUGUUGAUGUUUCUGCCAAUGCUGUCGCUGCAAGUUUUUCUGUUCAUAACGGGACUGUUAGGGGAUUACGAUGGCUUGGAAAUUCUAGACUGGUUUCAUUUUCAUACACUCAGGUAAGUGAAAAAACUGGAGGUUUUAUCAACAGGCUAAUUGUGACCUGUCUUAGAAGUGGCCUAAAUAAACCAUUUCGGGUUUUGCAAAAGCCUGAACGUGCACCCAUAAGAGCUUUAAGGACUUCUUCCUCUGGAAGGUACCUUCUUAUUUUGCUCCGUGAUGCACCAGUAGAGGUUUGGGCUAUGACAAAGACUCCUAUAAUGCUUAGAUCACUAGCACUUCCAUUUACGGUUUUGGAAUGGACUCUCCCAACAGUUCCACGCCCUCCUCAAAAUGCACCUGCUAAGCAAUCAUUACCCCCCACAGAUCAGACAUCUAGGGCAUCAGAUGGGACAUCCUCCCCUAAUGCAUCAUCUGAUUCUAAGGGCUCAGAUGGAUCCCAAGAUGACACUUCUGAAAGCUUUGCAUUUGCACUAUCAAAUGGGGCUCUUGGUGUUUUUGAGGUUCAUGGCCGAAGGAUUCGUGACUUCAGACCAAAGUGGCCUUCUUCUUCAUUUGUCUCAUCUGAUGGACUGAUUACAGCAAUGGCGUACCGUUUGCCUCAUGUGGUUAUGGGGGACAGGUCGGGAAAUAUUCGCUGGUGGGAUGUAACAACUGGGCAUUCUUCUUCAUUUAACACUCAUAGAGAGGGUAUCCGGAGAAUAAAGUUCUCACCUGUUGUUCCUGGAGACCGUAGUAGGGGGCGUGUUGCUGUACUAUUUUAUGACAAUACAUUUUCUGUAUUUGAUCUUGACUCCCCAGACCCUUUAGCGAAUUCUCUCUUACAGCCUCAAUUUCCUGGAACCCUUGUUUUGGAACUUGAUUGGUUGCCUUUGCGAACUGACAAGAAUGAUCCACUGUUAUUGUGCAUAGCUGGAGCUGAUAGUAGCUUUCGCCUUGUUGAGAUCAAUAUAAUUGACAAAAAACUUGGUUUUGCACACCAGCCCAGAUCUAUAAAAGAAAGGUUCCGUCCCAUGCCUUUAUGUUCUCCUAUACUACUUCCCACACCACAUGCCCUGGCACUACGCAUGAUCUUACAAUUGGGUGUAAAGCCCUCCUGGUUUAAUACUUGCAGUACAACUUUAGAGAAGAGGCCUCACCUCAUUCCGGGAACUCCCAAGUCCAGUGAGGAUCUUCGCAGUUACAUGAUGGAUAUACAAACUGUUGGUGACCCUGUUGUACCAGAAUUGCUGCUUAAAGUAUUAGAACCUUAUCGAAAAGAGGGCUGCAUACUGGAUGACGAGAGGGCUAAAUUAUAUGCAAAGGUGGUGAACAAAGGCUGUUCUGUGAGAUUUGCCUUUGCUGCUGCAAUUUUUGGUGAAUCCUCUGAAGCUCUUUUCUGGCUGCAACUGCCUCAUGCUCUUAACUAUUUGAUGAACAAGUCCAUAAAUAAGUCUCCACAGAAAGCCACUGUAUCAGCAUCAGUUCCAGAGCUUGAUGAUGCCUCUAUGCUGAGUAGGAUUACAUCAAAAGGAAAAUCAGUUUCUGGAAGAGAAAAGAAAGAUGCAACAAGCCAAGGGCAGCUCAGGUUGAUGGCUUUUGAACAAGAAGAACUGUGGGCAAAUGCAAGUGAACGUAUUCCAUGGCACGAGAAGCUAGAGGGAGAAGAGGCUAUCCAGAAUCGUGUACACGAGCUUGUGUCGGUCGGGAACUUAGAAGCUGCAGUCAGUUUAUUGCUAUCCACUCCUCCUGAGAGCAAAUACUUCUCUGCUAAUGCUUUACGUGCAGUUGCUCUUUCUUCUGCUGUGUCAAAGUCUCUUCUUGAACUGGCUGUUAAGGUGGUUGCAGCCAACAUGGUCAGGACUGACAGGUCGCUGUCAGGUACUCAUCUUCUCUGUGCUGUAGGAAGGUAUCAAGAGGCGUGUUCCCAGUUACAAGACGCGGGGUGCUGGACAGAUGCUGCUACUUUAGCUGCCACCCAUUUGAAAGGAUCUGAUUAUGCAAGGGUGUUGCUAAGAUGGGCUGCACACGUCCUCCAUGCUGAACACAACAUAUGGAGGGCUCUGAUUUUGUAUGUUGCAGCUGGUGCAAUGCAAGGGGCAUUGGCAGCACUUCGUGAGGUCCAACAACCUGACACUGCCGCUAUGUUCAUUCUUGCUUGCCGAGAAAUUCAUGCCACCAUCAUCUCUGAAUCAGGAAACUCUGAUGAUGAAUCCAAAUCUGCAAUCAAGGACAAGCUGCCACACUUGCCUGGGUUGGGACCAGAGAAUGAAGAUGUUAUUGCAGUCGGUGAAUAUUUUGGGCAAUACCAGAGAAAAUUGGUGCAUCUGUGCAUGGACUCACAGCCAUAUGCCGAAUGAACUCCAUUGACUUGUCACUCGGUUGCAAUCCGGUCAUUUGAUCUGUACUUUAUGUGAGAAUUAUUUGUUUGGAAAACAACUCGCAGCAUCAGCCAGUUGAAGAUAUCGAUGCUCUUUCUGGAUUCAUGGGGAAACGGCAAUUUUGUAUAACAAUGUGAUAUAUUCGACGACCUGAGAAAGAUAUGUUCUCAGCCAGUGAUCUACUGAGAAUGAGGGAUUCGGGUUUAAAAUUGAAUUCGUAUAUUACCGCUGCAGCUGUGUUGUGAGAUAAGCUCCUAAAGCUUGCUUUUUUGGUGUGAAUUACAGAGGCACUGUAUAAAUGUAAACAUGUAUCUUACAGAAAAAUAAGAUUUACUUUUAUAGUAGCUUUAUAAAUUUUA